UUGUCAUGCUCCAACAAAAGAUCCGAAAACUACAGUUGAUAAAGCACGGACACUGUCUGAUCUCGUCUCGGCGCGGCAUCAAUAACAUCGAAACCAAGGCCAAGCUCAAAACGGAAAUUCGACAUAUUGGGUAAAAACGUUCGACUUUUGACGGAUGACAUUUUAAAUAAUCAGAGAAUAUAAACGCCUAAGGAGUUAGACGUGUCUAAACGACACACUACUUCAUCCACCUCAACAUGGCCGAUCACAAAGAUGGUGAAGAUGACAAGAUAUACGGAGGUUGUGAAGGACCAGACGCCCUCUAUGUCAAACUGGUGUCAUCUGACGGACAUGAGUUUUAUGUGAAGCGUGAUUUGGCAUUGACUUCAGGGACGAUAAAAGCCAUGCUGAGUGGGCCAGGUACGUUUGCUGAGAAUGAAGCGAAUGAAGUAUUCUUCAGAGAAAUUCCGUCGCACGUUCUCUGCAAGGUAUGCAUGUACUUUACCUACAAAGUACGCUACACAAACAGUUCCACAGAGAUCCCCGAGUUCCCAAUCGCACCUGAAAUUGCUCUGGAGCUUCUCAUGGCGGCAAACUUCUUAGAUUGUUGAUGUAGUGAGUCGCCAAACAUCAAGUACGUUCUACACUCUACAAAUUUAACUUUGAAAUGUUUGUAAACUUUUGUCAUUGAUCAAUGGAGUCAUUGCCAUUCAAUGCUGUGUACCCCCCCCCCCCCCCCCCCCCCGCCUCCUCCAUCCCCAAGAUGAUGUGUUUUCAUUUCAUUUAGGGCUCUGAAGUUUGCUGAUAGUAUAAUUAAAAACAUGCUCACAAUGAGUUUGUCAUUACAUUGGGUUGUUUCACAACUGCUGUUGCAUCAACUAAAAAUAUAAAUCAAAAUGAUUGGUAAAUUUCUCCUUUUUCGAAGUGAAGUGAUGUGAUAUUUGUGUUUAAAUCAGAGAAAUCACAGCUUGGAUUUCAGUCUUUGUAGAUAAUAACUGUUUCUUGAUGAAGCAGAUUUCUUUGUUGAAAAUCUAAUGCCUGAUUCUCAACAGACACAACAGCUUUGUUGAUAACUUAAUUUACAUUUUAAAAUGAGUACUUUGUAAUUAUCACUUAAACAUCAUUUAAACUGAGAUCAUUUCAGUGGUUUUAUACAAAAUCUGUCAAAUUAAAAUAUUGUCACCAUCUGCUCUUGUUUUUUCUCGCCAGUUGAAGAUUGACAACUGUAUACAGGUUCUAAAAACCAUUAUUCCUUUUUUAAUCCUAACCCACAAACUGAAAGUUUCUUGAAAAAUACUUCAAUUACCAAUGAUGACAGACAUAUUGGGCUAUAAUUACAUCGUACCUGUAUUAAUUUGUAUCUAUGUAUAGUUUGCAUGACGUGAAAGUUUACUUAUCAUAAAUAUUUUAAAUACUUGUAUAAGCCAUGGUCAGGACUAGUCCUAACUCGUUGUGAAAUUGAGCCCAGAUCAGAAGACAGAUAGACGGCUUGAGGUUUGAUCCUCACUUGAGAAGUUUUCUUGGAUUUGUGUAUGUACGCUCGUAGUAAUGCACAAGCCCUUACUCUUCUGCGUUAGAGGGUGCUUUUAUUUAUUACAACGAGACGAGCAUACAUUCACAAUCCACUAUGGAUCAUUGUCUUGAGUCAAGACUAGGUUUGAAAACCUCAUCAAACUCAUUAUAAUUUAUUUUAUCUUUCAAUGGUUUUCCUAAUUUGCUAUGUAUACUUAGCUAGUAGUACUUGCAUUGUGAUUUUAAGAGGUUGGAAGAAAACGCAAGUUCAAGUUUGUAGUAAAAUGGCACCGUUUCUGUAGUAAUGCCUUCAUUUUUAAAGCAAGUUUGAUUUUCAACAUAUGCAAUAAAAUUAUAUAUAGACAAAAAUAAA